AUGCUUCUGCGCUUCUUUGUUUUCUGGCUGCGCUUAGCAGCCACCAGCACCACUGCACCAGCCAACCUCAACACAGCACCGCUGACAGUUACUGAUGGCCCCAUGGCAACCGUACAAGUCACCAACAGCACCAUGGCACCGAAUGAGGCCACCUUCAUCACCCAGACGCCUCCAGCCAUCACCAACACCACUGCACCGGAAACGUCUAACGUGACCCUGUCGCCACCAGCAGUCACCAGCAACGCUGCCACAUCCGCCCCGACCAACACCAACCCCUCCUGGGCACGAGACACUGCCACCACCAUAUCGGCAGCGGGAACGGGCUCCACUGCACCAGCCUCUGGUACCGCUGCAUCAACCAACCACACCAUGGCAACCGAUGGCCCCACGGCAACCAUACAAGUCACCACCAGCACCACGAUACGGGAUGAGGUCACAAACAGCAGCAAAAUGCCUCCAGCCAUCACCACCAACACCACCGUGCCAGAAGUGUCCAACAGCACCACGGCACCACCAACAGCCACUGCCUCUGGUACCGCUGCAUCAGCCAACCACACCAUGGCAACCAAUGGCCCCACGGCAACCAUACAAGUCACCACCAGCACCACGAUACGGGAUGAGGUCACCAACAGCAGCAAAAUGCCUCCAGCCAUCACCACCAAUAUCACCGUGCCAGGAGUGUCCAAUGGCACCACAACACCACCAACAGCCACUGGUAAUGCCAUCACGCCCAUAUUGACCAGCACAAACCCUUGCAAGGUAGAAAUCAAUGCUACCACCAUGCCCACAGCAGAAACAGACACCACUGUGCCACAUACGGAGAACCACCCGCCUCCUUUGUCUCCAAAGUGA